AUGCUGACAAAAUACGAACUCCCGACCUACUGCCGCCCAUGCUUCAAAACCUUCGAGAACCAUCAAGGCUGGGCCCAACACAAGCGUGACUCUCCUCCACACAACGAUCAUGUAGACACAUCCGGAUAUAUUCAAAUGGAGUCUGAACAAGCUCUGAGGCAAAGUGCCAGCUUGGGGCUUGCCUUUUGUGUCUGUGGCAAGGUCUUCAAGAACACCAUAGCCAUGAGGCAACAUCCCCAAGACGCCCAGCCUGCUCCUAUAUCACUCGAAAGUACUGAUGUUCCAACACGGAAUCUCCGUGUGACCUGCAUCGAGUGCUACAAGAGAUUCAGAGAUAAGAUUGCUCUGGAUAUGCAUAUGCUGAGCUCCCACGGUCUGGGCCAGCCCUCUACCAAAACUGAGAAGGCACAAAGCGUGCCGAUGGAGGUUCCUGCACUUUGCAACUGUGGCAAGAUCUUCAAGAGCGAGGAUGCUAUGAGGCAGCAUAUGCGCGAUACUCUUCGCCGUUGCUCGCGAGCUGUGAGAAGCAGUGAGCCGACUCAUAUUGCGAUGCACAAACCUUAUGACAUAUCCACAAUGAUAUCUCGCAUGGAUCUGGACUAG